AGGCGCUCGACACAGAGCACGCUUGGCUCCGCUAUCGCAGGGCUGCAACAUCUCGAAGCCUAGUUUGAGGCGAGUUGGCGUCUCGUGAGGAAGUUCGCGCAGCGCGGGGCAAUAACCCCAAUAGGACGAAGAUUUGCUAGGCGGAGAUGGCACCUCCUCAGCAGGAGACGGGACUUGGGGGGGAAAGGAAUGAUGGCGGGAGCGGUUCCCGCCGCUUUUUCACUUGGGAAGAGAUCGGGCUGCGCACGGGUCGAAUCCAGCCUUUCCUACAGGAGCGGUGGCUGGUGAUUGACAGGAAAGUCUACGAUAUUAGCAGCUUCUAUAAGCGGCACCCGGGAGGCUCCCGAGUUAUCAGCCACUAUGCCGGGCAGGACGCUACGGAUGCCUUUACAGCUUUCCAUCUUGAUAAGCAAGAUGUAAGCAAGUACUUCAGUUCGCUGCUGAUAGGGGAACUGGCACCAGAUCAACCUAGCUCUGAGCCCAGCAAAAAUCAAUUGCUGGUCAAAGACUUUCGGGAGCUGCGGUCUACUGUUGAGAAGAUGGGACUUCUGAAACCCAGCAAUCUCUUCUUUGUCCUAAUUUUCCUUCAUAUCGUGCUGCUGGAUAUUGCUGCCUGGUGGACCAUUUGGUACUUUGGGGCAUCCUUAGUACCAUUCUUCGUGGGUGUUGGUCUGUUUACUACUGCUCAGGCCCAAAUGGCCUGGUUCCAGCAUGACUUAGGGCACCUUUCAGUCUUCACCAACUCCAAAUGGAAUCACCUGGUCCACACUGUCUUGAUGGGUUCAGUGAAAGGAAUGCCUUCCAAAUGGUGGAAUAAUCUACAUUUCCAGCAUCAUGCCAAACCCAACAGUUUUAACAAAGACCCUGAUCUCAACAUGCACCCCAUUGUGUUUGCUCUGGGGAAGAAACUGGCUACAGAGCUUGGGAUGCAGAAAAAGAAGUACAUGCCUUACAACUAUCAACACAAAUACUUCUUCAUCUUAGGCCCAGGUCUGCUAGUCCCCUUCUUCCAGUUCUCUGUAUUCUACUUCACAAUCAAACGCAAAGAGUGGGUGGAUCUUGCCCUCAUUAUAAUCUACAACAUCAGAGUCUGUCUUCUCUAUACUCCUCUAAUGGGAUUUAAAUACUUUAUGGUGUACUAUUGGCUGUCCAGGUUUCUAGAAUCAGCCUGGUUUGUUUGGGUUUCACAAAUGAAUCACAUCCCAAUGAAAAUUGAUUAUGAUAAAAAUAUGGACUGGCUGUCUACUCAGAUGUAUGCAACAUGCAAUGUGGAUCAGUCCCCGUUCAAUGACUGGUUCACCGGCCAUUUGAAUUUCCAGAUUGAGCACCACCUCUUUCCCACAAUGCCUCGGCACAACUAUGCAAAGGUAGCCCCCUUGGUUAAAUCCCUCUGUGCCAAGCAUGGCAUUGACUAUGAAUGCAAGCCGCUGCUUGCUGCCUUUAGGGAUAUAUUGCACUCUCUGAAGGAUUCAGGAGAAGCCUGGCUUGAUGCAUAUCUGCACGGAUAGGAAUAAAUCCUAUCAUUAGUCAUGAAGAUACAUCACAGAUAGAGGGCAGCUAAUGCACUAAGGAAGAAUUUGGCAUCUGGUGGGUUAACCGGGUGGAUGGUAGAAAUUCUGCAGUUUCUCUCACAUCUGUGCAUUGUUUUUUGUGCACAUUGUGUUACUACUGUUAGGGUCAUGAGAAGGGAAGACUGGUGUUUCAUCUAUGAGUACAUUUCACUUGCUGAAUGUAUGAGAUUGAGACCUGGCCGUCUUUUUUCGUGGCAGAAGGAAGUUAUGAAACAGUUUAAAGUGGAAAGACAGUUACAGUGAAACCUGUGGAAGCCACAAAGUUUUUAAGGAACAGCUUUAGAUUUUAGGCAUAGCUUCAAGAUGAAGGUGUCAUUUCCAGUUUCCAUGAGGGAGGAGGAAAGGGACAAAACUUCUACCACAGUUCAAAGGCCCCCAAAGCACUAUAUUUAGAGCACUGGUGGGGGGUUACUUUUUCCAUCCUUGCUGAUGAAAAGAGGUGCUCCUACAGAAUGUGGAAGGGACUACCCUUCUCCCUAAAUUGCACCUUCUGGAAGAUUCCUUUCCACUGCUUGGAAAGUGGACCCAACUAGACUUCUGGCAGAUUCAUGCAACUCAAUAGGUUCUCAAAAUCAGCAUUAGGGUAGGAGAAGCCUCCUGCCUUAGAUCAUGAGCCAUAAACACUCCUGAUUGGCCAUCAUGAUAAUUCUACAAACAAGGUAGGCGGAUGGGGAAAUGCUCAUCUGCAGGCUGGGUACAGAGGAGGGUGGCAGCAGUGACCCCAGAACUUGUACCAGCUCCAGAGUGAGAGUGGAAGGAAAUCACUCCCUGCACCUCCCAUGUCCAUACCCAGCUCUCAGAUGAUCAUUUUGCUCUCCUCCUAUGUUGCUUGUAGAAUUACCACAAAGGCCCACUGGGAGCAUGCAUGGCUCCCAAAUGCUGGCCCUGAGAACAGCCCUUGUGACUUCUGUGCUAUUUGGUGUUGCAUCAUCUUACCAGUGAUCAUGGCCCUCAGGUGAUAGAAGUGAGCAGAUACCUCUCUGUUCUACUGGCCAUAUCAAAGAAUGUGGCAGCCAAGGCUGCCACCCUGAUGAUGCCUGUGCUCACACUGGCAACUUUGGCAUGAUUUCAGAUUUCUUCUGUGGGAGAGAAACUAUAUGAGUGGGGUUUCUGGGCUAUCUGGCAUUGCCAUGGAGCUCUUGGCUCACGUACUCUGUGUAGUGCAUGUUGGUGGGAAGGGGGCACCUUCCGGCUGCAGUGUGUGAACGAAAGCAGUGACUCUUGCUUUGUCUGGCAGUUAGUUAAAUGUUUGAUUACCUUUUGCCCAUGUUGAAAGCCCUGAUCUUCUGCUAGUUCAGUAGCACAGCCCUCUUAGGAUGUACGCUGCUUCAUGUGUACAUAUUUUUAUUUAUUUGUUUUCUUUUUAAUGUGUUUCAUAAACUUCUUGCUUCACUGUG